UAAUACCCCAGUCUGGAAAAAAUGAGUCUCUAGUACCUCAAAUUAUAAAGAGAUAGGCUUCUAAGACCCCUCUUUCCUACAAAGCACCCUCCCCUCAAUCUUUCUUGGCUCCUUUCCUUCUUCCACAGCAAGAACAAUCGAAGCUUUGACACCCCUGUGAAAGGGCCGCCCCAGGGCCCACGGCUACACAUUGACAUCCCUAGGGUCCAGCUGCUCAUUGAGGACAAGGAGGGCAUCAAACAGCUAGGAGACGAUAAGGCCACCAUCCCCGUGACGGAUGCUGAGUUUAGCCAGGCUGUCAACCCACAGAGCUUCUGUACGGGGGUCUCGCUGCACCACCCAGCCCUCAUCCAGAGCACAGGACCCCUCAUCGACAUGUCGGACAUCCGGCCAGGAACCAAUCCAGUGUCCAGGAAGAAUGUGAAGUCAGCCCACAGCACCCGGAACCGGUACUCCAGCCAGUGGACCUUGACCAAGUGCCAGGCCUCCACACCUGCCCGCACCCUCACCUCUGACUGGCGCACUGUGGGUUCCCAGCAUGGUGUCACUGUCACAGAGAGUGACAGCUACAGCGCCAGUCUGUCCCAGGACACAGACAAAGGACGGAACAGCAUGGUGUCCACCGAGAGUGCCUCCUCCACCUACGAGGAACUGGCCCGGGCCUACGAGCACGCCAAGCUGGAGGAGCAGCUGCAGCACGCCAAGUUCGAGAUCACCGAGUGCUUCAUCUCCGACAGCUCCUCUGACCAGAUGACCACAGGCACUAACGAGAACGCAGACAGCAUGACGUCCAUGAGCACACCCUCAGAGCCUGGCAUCUGCCGCUUUACCGCCUCCCCACCCAAGCCCCAGGAUGCUGACCGGGGCAAAAAUGUGGCUGUGCCCAUCCCUCACCGGGCCAACAAGAGUGACUACUGCAACCUGCCCUUGUAUGCCAAGUCGGAGGCCUUCUUCCGAAAGGCUGACGGGCGUGAGCCCUGCCCUGUGGUCCCACCCCGAGAGGCCUCCAUCAGGAACCUGGCUCGAACCUAUCACACGCAGGCUCGCCACCUGACCCUGGACCCUGCCAGCAAGCCCUUGGGCCUCCCACACCCAGGGGCCCCUGCUGCUGCCACCACAGCCACCUUACCUCAGAGGACUCUGGCCAUGCCAGCCCCCCCAGCUGGCACGGCCCCCCCAGCGCCCGGAACCACCCCUGCCGAGCCCCCAACUGCCUCCAGCGCUGCCCCGCCGGCCCCCAGCACCGAGCCUCCGCGGGCCGGGGGCCCACACACCAAAAUGGGGGGCUCCAGGGACUCACUCCUCGAGAUGAGCACCUCAGGGGUAGGGCGGUCACAGAAGCAGGGGGCCGGGGCCUACUCCAAGUCCUACACCCUGGUGUAGGGGCGCCGCCAGCAGAGCACCCCAUGCUCCAACCUCUGCGUCUCCAGCCCUCACUCACCAACUUGGCUGUUUCCUGCAUUAUUUAUAUUAAACCGACAGACAAAAAACAACCGACAACAAAAAGAAGCCCCCCCAAGUCAUGAACGCUUGUACAUAGAACUCUUUUUGUACAAAUGAAACUAUUUUCUUCUUCUUCAUGAAGCCAGGGCACAAAGAAUUUGACCGUACAAGUCAAAUCCCCCACCCCACAAAAUACGUGUGGAGAGAUAUAUACAUAUAUAGAGACAUAGGAACACACCAACAAGCUAUAUAUCUAUAUAUUUCUCUCACCUUCUUUUGAGACAGAGGCACAAAGACAGCAAUUUUUUUCCCUUCUACUCACCCCUGCCCCAAUCUAGGUGGUUUUGACAAAGACCAAAAUCCCAACUCAGAGACACUGCAUGCGAUUUUACUGUUCCAAGAAAACCAGGAGUUGCUUCAAUUUGCAGAUGCUUAUGUGUUAAUACCUUUUUCUAUGAAAAAAGACCCAGCGCCGUGUGCAAUAAAGGUUAUGUUUCUA